UUUAGUGUGCUUUAGUGUGUGUGUGUUAAUUUUAGUCUCUGCUCCUUCCUACAGGGGCCGGCUGGGACACCGUUCAACCCGGAACUGCGAGAGCGGACAAAAAUACUACUUACUAAACUCCGGAGGACGGUGUGUAGCGUAACCCGCUCGGAGAGGCUGCGGAGCUCAAACCCGCUCCAACAGCUCCGUGAUUUUACCAGAGGAGCUCAGAUGUGAAGGAGCUCCACCGCGGAGAAAACCCGCUCUCUCCCAACAGAGUCUAGGAGGCCAGGCAUCAGCGUUUGAAAAUGCCGCAGCAGAAGGACAUAGUGAAGAUUGCUAUUCAGAUGCCGGGGGCGUACCCCCAGCUCAUCCAGCUGGAUCAGAAAAAGCCCCUCUCUGCGGUGAUAAAAGAAGUUUGUGAUAAGUGGAAUCUUUCAGGCCCUGAGAACUUCGCUCUUCAGUACGCAGACGGAGUCCAGACCUACAUCACUGAGUCUAAUCGAUUGGACAUUAAGAAUGGCAGCAUUCUCCGGCUGACCAAAGCUCCAGGCCGCUGUGCAGAGGACCUGUAUAAGGGCAUUCAGAGUUCGGACCCCGGUGUACGCUGUGAGUCGCUGAAGGAGCUCGCUUCUGUGUCCACAGACAUCACCUUCGCUCAGGAGUUUAUCAGCCGAGACGGACAUUCGCUGCUUGUCCAGAUUGUGGAGGAUGCUCAUGAGGUUCCUUUGGUUAUGUUACACACGCUUACGGCCUUCAUGGAGCUGAUGGACCAUGGAAUCGUCUCCUGGGAGAACCUCUCCAGCGUCUUCAUCAAAAAGGUGGUCGGUUUUGUGAAUGGAAAGCUACUGGAUGCCUCUAUCCAGCAGGUUUCCCUGGACAUCAUGGAGAGCAUGGUCCUGAGCAGCAGCAGCCUCUUCCAGCAGAUCAGAAAGGAGAUCACUCUGGAUCAGCUCAUCUCCCACCUGCAGGUGUCCAACCAGCUGCUUCAAACUAAAGCCAUGGCCCUCCUGAUGGCCCUGUUGCAAACUGCUGGGGAGACAGAUAGGCAGGAACUUUUUGCUUUCCUUGAGAAGAAGAACCUGCGCCAGUACAUCUACAAGAACAUCAUCCACAGUUCAGGUUCGGUUGGAGAUGAGAUGGCUCAUCACCUGUACGUGCUGCAGUCAGUGCGUCUGAACCUCCUGGAGCCGCGCAUGAGGACUCCGCUGGACUCCUUUAAUCAGGAGCAGAGGGAAGCGCUGCACAGUUUACGCCAGGCUGUGUUUGAGACGGAGAGUGAGGGCAGUCUGAGUAACGAGCGGCGUCGUUCGCUCUGCGCUAAAGAGUUCAAAAAGCUAGGCUUUUCGAAUAACAGUAACCCAGGUCAGGACCUGGGCCGGACUCCUCCAGGGCUGCUGGCUCUCGACACCAUGACAUACUUUGCCUCCCGUUACCCAGAUGCCUACAGCAGAUUUGUUCUGGAGAACAGCAGCAGAGAGGAUAAGCAUGAGUGUCCAUUUGCCCGCAGCAGCAUCCAGCUCACACUCAUCCUUUGUGAGAUUCUGCGUAUCGGAGAAGCACCAUCAGAGACAGGUUCGAACUACCACCCCAUCUUUUUUGCACAGGACAGACUGCUGGAGGAGCUUUUCUGCAUCUGCAUCCAGCUGCUAAACAAAACCUGGAAGGAGAUGAGAGCUACACAGGAGGACUUUGAUAAGGUUAUGCAGGUGGUCCGAGAGCAGAUCACCAGGACCCUGUCCAGUAAGCCCACCUCACUGGAGCUCUUUAAGAACAAGGUGAAUGCUCUGAACUACAGUGAGAUCCUGAAGCUGCGGCAGACUGAGAGACUGCAUCAGGAGGAGACUCUGGCCCCGCCUGUGCUUGAGCUGAAAGAGCGUCUGAAGCCAGAGUUGUUGGAGCUGAUCAGGCAGCAGAGGCUGAACCGGCUGUGUCAUGGCACGCUGUUCCGCAAGAUCAGCAGCCGUCGGAGACAAGAUAAGCUUUGGUACUGCCGGCUCUCUCCAAAUCACAAAGUCCUGCACUAUGGGGAUGUGGAGGAGGAGACGGAGACGCCCUCCAUUGAGACUCUGCAGGAGAAGAUCCCUGUGGCAGAUAUCAAAGCGCUGCUGAUUGGAAAGGACUGUCCACACAUGAAAGAAAACAAAGGCAAACAAACCAAGGAGAUGCUGGACCUGGCAUUCAGCAUUACGUAUGAUGUUGAGGAGUACAGCUUGAAUUUCAUCGCCUCUUCCAGAACAGAUUUCUGCUUGUGGACGGAUGGGCUGAAUGUUUUGCUGGGCAAAGAGAUGAGCAGCGAGGCGAUGCGCAGCGAACUGGAAAUCCUGCUCUCCAUGGAGAUUAAGCUCCGCCUCCUGGACCUGGAGAACGUCCCUAUCCCUGACGCGGCCCCGCCCAUCCCCAAACCCCCCAGCAACUUCAACUUCUGCUACGACUUCAGCCAGGCGGAGCAGUAACUUUGGGCACUGACCAUGUUUCAGCCCUUCUGAAGUGAGUGGACACCUCGUUAGCACAGACGGACGUGCUGGUAGCAGACACACUACGGCCUUAAGAUCAGGAGAUUUGUGAAAAAAGCAGGCCGUGAGUAAGAGAGGCCGUGUUUCACUGCAGUUUGGUAUGACGUUUUGCAGCAUUGUGCCCUAAAACACGCAAAUCACUAAAUCCUCACCGAAACUUUUUCCAGAGAGUGACACACCCCAUUGUGGUGAUGUGGCUGCCUUUCUUGAAGCUGAAUGUAAAGGUGUUAUUUUUUGAGAAUCGGUAGGUUUCUAUCAUUAAGGUCUGGCAGAGCACAUCUACACUUUUGAAAUCACCUUUUCUACAUGGUACUUACUGUUCCUAGUUUGGCUCCACAUUGAUCUUUCUUUGCUGUUGUCUUCUUUACCUAUUUAUCCUUAAAUGAAACUGGCACGCUUUAUGGUACUCUACAUGGGAGUCUUCUAAGAAUAAUGAAUAAGAUGGAAGUAAAUAUGCAGUGUUUUACAUCGAUGAGCGAAGGCUUGUAGUGUUGACUUCUACUGAAUACAGCAGUUAGAUUCACUCUUAAUGAAUGCUGCCUUAAUGAAUACUAGGAACCUCACUGAAAAUUCCUUACUGUUAUGACAAAAUAAAAAACCUUGUAGUCAUGUGACUAGCAGUGAGCCAAUCAUAUAAGACUGAUAACAAUAUGACAGUAUUGCUUGUGCUGUCUUAAGCAAGUCUGAGCAACUACUGGAGAGGAAUAAGAGUGAAUCUACCAGCUGUAUGUAACAUCUGGGAUCAAUUUCAAGGGGCAUUUUUCUUGUUUACUUCAAAAUGGUAGAUUAACUAAAAGAUUGGCACAUAAGAAUUAGCUAAUUAUGCGGUACCUGGAUUCGCCUGAACCUAGAUAAUAAUUCAGCUUCAUUCAUCACUUAAAGAACACAAGACACAGGAUUUCCUUUAAGUAUGUUUGAAUAUUGAUUUUUGAACAAUUUGAAUUAAUAAUAGACCUCAUACAUCUUUCCAGAAAGUUAUGCCAUUAUAUCAGUUUCUGUGUUUAUUUUUUAUUUUAUAUUUAAAAUUAAAAAGAGAAGCAAUAAUCAUCUUUCAUACAACAUUGAUCAUUGUAAACCUUAAUGCUGAUUUAAAAGCAUGGGGUUAAACACUAAUAGCAAUAGUGAUUUGUGGCAUUACUGGUAAUAUCGGCAAGAUAUACUGUGGUCUCUUGGUAUAAUUGGUACAUAUACAUCAGACAGCUGCAAAUACAGUUACUGUGCUGUUCUAUAAGAUUCCCUCACUAAGGCCAGAAACAUCCUCAAUGCAAAUAUGCAAAUGACAGUGCUCAGCCAAGGCUCUGCAAACACAGGGCCUUUCUGUGCAAACUCACUGUGCAUUGUUAUGGUACUGUGGCAGUUAAAACUCUCAGCACUCAAGGGGACGAUAGAGGACAAAGAAGAAUGGGAUCUACUGUCAUGCCAACAUCUACAACUGCUAAACAUAUGAACAGUAAAAGAGUGUUGGGUGCUUUACCUGUUUAAUCAUAAUGAAGAGGUGAUGAUGUAAUAUAAAUAUGUUUAUGCCAGCAAACAAUUUUUGCAAGAGACUCAUCCAGCUGUUCGUCUGCUAUGACAGUUAACCAGGUUGAAGCACAUUGGCGGUACAGACAGCUUGGUCAGUCUUGCUGUCGUUACAGCACGCUUUGCUUCAACACUCAGUAUUCAGCUUGUGCUGCAUUAUAAAUUGCAUUUUUUAAUGCAACAACCCACAAAACUGUCCGUGGAGCACGACACGUCUGCAUUUGUGUUCUUGCGUGAAGUAUGUUUCUGGCCAAAAAACUCAACUUGCUCAAGAAAUGGUUUGGCAAUAAAUCAAGCUUAUGCACUUUUCCACUUUACCCAGAUGUAGCUGAUCAGCCAAAAGACGUUCAGUGUCCAAAUUCUGCUUGUUAAUUUAGCAUUAGAGCUAUGAGGCUAAUGUUGCUAACAAACACUUGAAGUCAAUAGUCACCCAAAUCUUUUCUGUGAACGCAUCACCAAAACUUCCCUCAAUUCACUCAAACCUCAUCCAGGUCGUCAUUAAGGUCCUGCAGGCUUGACGAUAUGGUUUAGGAUACAGUAUGACUUACUGUGAACUAUAAAAAGGACAAAACUUCACCUUCGGGCAGCCAUUGUAGUCAACAGACACAACCUUGAAGGCUUCAUUUUGUACAUUUUUGAGGUCCACUUAAGACAUUUUUGUGGGUUUACAUACUCAUGAAUUAGGUUAUUCAUUUUUAUAUGACUAUAUUCUAAUCACUUAAUAUGAGACCGGCCGAUUCUUUUACUGUGCCUUUAAGACUGAUAUAUGUAAAUGAGCUGAUAUAUGUUCUUAUUGGCCACCCUGUUUUGUGUCUCAUUAAAAAAGUAGUCCUGGGUGAAACACUUUUUAUAAUUUCAGUGUGAAUAAGAAUGGGCGGGGCUCUGCUGCUGUAGGAUAAAUUUAUGGACAUAUAUAGAGUUGGACUUUAUCACAUCAGAGGAACACUGAAUUCAAAACAAUCUGUUUUUGCAGUUUAGUCACCAUAUAUAGGCUGUAUGUAGUGGGAAAAUAAUGGUAGGUUUUGAAACUAACAUUGUGUUCAUACUACAUCAGACUACAUCUUUGCUUUAUGCUGCAUGUUUAUUAUCAAUAAAGAGAGAGAAGUUUGAUGUUCUAUGAUAUGGACCCUUUACUGAAGACCUGAAUGUGGUUUGAGAGGAGUUUUGGGGGUUUAUGGAAUUUAUUUGGGUGACUAUUGACUUCUAGGGUUUAUUAGCCACAUUAGCCUAGUAGCUCCAACAUUAAACUAAAGAAGCAAAAUGUCUCGGCUCAUCGACUACAAUUGGGUAAGUGUAAAUUAUGUAAAUCUGAUUUUUCACCUCGCUGUUCCUUUAGGACAGGUACAUACAGUAGCCUUGUUGUGGCUGGUAUCACUUUUGUGUCCUUUUACCUGGAAAUCAUUGUAAAGUGUUAUAAGAAAUCUGAUUCUACGAAUUACUCCUGUCAAAGUGUAAGGCAUUAAUUUGCAUUUUCAGCAUUUCACUGCAGGUGGUUCCUUUUUCUUCAAUUGCUUAAAGGGGAAUAUCACAGAUUUUUCAAAAUUCCUGCAUAAUUUAGUGGUUGAGAUGUAAACAGUAAUUCAAAGUGGUUUGAUUAGAGAUGUACAUAGAGAAAUGUACUGACUUAGAUUUCUUUACAGUGGUGCUGAUAGGAACCAGGAGUUGUGAUGUCUACAACACCAAUAUAGCCACUUUAUUUACUAUGCAAAACCACCAGUGAACCUAAACAUGUCUGUUGUAAUGUUGAUGGUGGUAAAAUAGUGGUAAAUCUGUUUUAUUGGGGAUUAUUUUGUUUUAGAAUGCCUUGCAUGUCCUCUCCACCAUAAGUGUAUUGUUAAAAAUAUGUUUUAAGUUAAAAUAUAUCGCAUAACUAACAGAAAACAAUGUCUCGGGCAUCAGGCGGUGUACUUGCAGAUAUUUUAUAUAAUAUAUUUCUGUAAGGGAGCUUUUAGAGGCAAUAAACUCAGAUGUUUGGUUCCUAUCACCACCACUGUGAACAAUUCUGACUCUGUAGGUUUAUCUAGAGCAAAGCAUUUCACACUAAACCACUCUGAAUGACUUUGUUUUCAAAUUGAAUUAUGCAGAAAAUUUAAAAAAUCAGUGGAAUUCACCUUUAGACAGUUCUUUGUUAAUGGUACAGUGUUUGGUUUAGAACGUGGCUCAUGUGGCUGUAUGUGUGCUGUGUUUAUGCAUUAAUGACAACUAUUUUAUUUCUGACUAUCUUUGAAAACGGUGUACUGUAAACAUUCCUCUGUAGCUUUCACAGUUUUCUCCUGGCACUGACAGAUCUAAAGGAUCAAGGCUUUAAUUCCAGAUCACCUGUGGUUGUUUUUGUUGUAAAUAGCUUCACAAUAACUUACUGGUUUUCUGGGUUGAUCUUGGCUCCAUCACAUGUAAUAUUAUCAGAACAAUACAUUAGAGAGCUUUUGUUUUCAUUUGUAUGAAAUUCUCAAUCAUUAAAAUGUAACUUUCCUAAAAAAAAGCCUCCAAUUACUCAAUUAUUUGUUUAAAAAGGAUUUAAACAGGGAAACUCAGUGUAGACUGUAAAUGUGUCUAUUAAAAUUCUGGGAGUUGUGGGAUGAAGAGAA